AUGAGCGUUGUACGGCCGGCGCGCAGCGCCCUGCGCAAGUGCGUCGCCCCGACGAACGCAGCAGCAGCCGUCGCCCCCUGCCGACUAUUCCACAGCUCCGUCGCCGCCCGCGCCAAGCGACAGCCGCGAUUCCAGAACAUCAAGGCCGAGGAGAUGGGCCUGACGCAGACGCCCGCCAAGAUGACCCAGGCGAAAAAGGAGCUCCUGCCCGAGUACAGCAGGGAGCAGCUCGAGCAGCUGCGCAGCAAGUACACGCCCGAGCAGAUGGAAGCCAUCCAGGCCGGCGAGGCGGCCGUCGACGCCGAGGACCUGCUCAUCCAGGGCCGCAUACGCGAUGACCCGUACCGGCCGACGUACGUCGAAGACUACACAAAGCUCGAUCCGCGAUUCGACCUCAUGCCGCAGCCCGAGGGCAAGCCGCGCGAGCACAAGUGGCUCGACGAGCAGGACUGGAUGGACCAGUUCUCGGCGCGCUUCUCCGAGAUGGCGGACCGCAAGACGGACACGCAGCUCACACGGGCCAUGGCGCGCGCGCUGCGCCGCGUCAAGGACACCCAGGGCGUGGACAUGAUUGACCUCACGGAAGAGGAGCUCGCGGAGCUGGAGAAGAACCCGGAUGCGCUGCAAAAGUACCUAGUCGAGGACGACGAUGCUGCCGCCGAUGCAUCAAGCGACAAGGACGCGGACCCGUCGGCGCUGCUCACCGAGGCGCAGGUGCAGAAGCUCGACGAGGCCAUCGAGGCCGAGUGGAAGGCGGAGCUCGAGCGGCUCGUCGCCGAGGACACGUCGACGGAGGUGUCCCCCACGAGCAUCGAGAUGAUCGAGGACGGGCCCGCGGGCCUCGAGCGCGCCGAGUCGGCCGAGGCGCCCGAGCUCGGCAAGGUGCCCGGCGUCGAGGGCCGGUACAAGCGCGCGGCCGACCCCGAGGACGCCGGCCAGGACGAGCUCGGCGAGUACCAGGAGAUCAAGCGCGUGACGGGGCUGGCGCUCGCCGACAUCAAGUCGCUCUACUGCAAGAUCCUCGUCACGCGGUCCGUCAGCAACCAGACGCGCAUGGGCAAGAUCCGCAGCGCCAGCAUCGUCGCCAUUGCCGGCAACGGCGCCGGCCGCCUCGGCCUCGGCAUGGCCAAGUCGACCGACAGCAGCACCGCCGUCGUCACCGCCCAGAUGCUCGCCAUCCGCAACAUGAAGGCCGUCCGCCGCUACGAGGACCGCACCGUGUACGGCAACGCGACGGCCAAGGUCGGCGGCACCGUCGUGGAGCUGUUUAACCGACCCCCAGGCUUCGGUCUUCGCGUCCCCCACCGCAUCUUUGAAAUGUGCCGCGCCGUCGGCCUGCACGACCUCGCCGCCCGCAUGCCGCGCGCCAAGAACCCGAUGAACUCGGUCUUUGCCACCUACAAGGCGCUGCUGAACCAGGCCGACCCCGAGGAGAUUGCGCGCGGCCGCGGCAAGAAGCUCGCCGACGCGCGCAAGGUCUACUACGGCGGCUCUGUACAUUAA